UAAAUCACAAUAGAUCAAGAUCGCAGAGAGAGAAAGAAAAAAUAGAUCCUUCUGUUCGGUCCGGCGGUCGGCGGCGCGUGAGCAUCCGUACCGCCGUCGGAGUCCGUCAUCUUUUAGAAUAAAGCAUGCGUAUGUUCGGAUCUUCUCCGUCUCCUCCGAUAUUCGCCUUGUCCGGGUUCUGGACAGUCACCAACCACGAUGAUUCUGAUCGAAGACGCGGUUGUCGGUAGGUAUGGCGCAGCAAAAAUGUUUAGUCUGGUUCCGUUUGCGGGAGACGGAGGCUCUCACAGAUCCGUCGCCGCCGCUUUUAGUCACCGGGACGUGGAAGCUUCUUCAACCUCGCCGUCGUCGGCUCUAGUUCCCGGAAGGUGAAGGCUACCGCAGCCUUGCGUCGCCGGUUUUGUCCCCUUGUCUAUUAGGAUUUUGCCUUUUCUUUUUCUAGUUUUGUUUUAUGUGGUUUCGAUUUGGUUCGUUGGUGGAAAUAUUGUCGGAGGACGAUGAAGCUCACCGGUGGAAGUGGUGUGGCUGCAUGCGAAGCCUUAUCCUGAGCGGUUAACGGUGAAUGGUUGGCGGAGGAGAUCUCGACUAGUCGAUUGAAUCUCUCCGAUAAUGAACCUCCAGGGUUUCGAAGGUGUUCGUGGUGAACGUAUGGAGUGGUGGAGCUCCGAUGUGGAUCGGUGAACGGCGGUUAUGUUCUCCGGUGGUAACGAGAAGAGGAGGAGACGCGAUGGUCAGAGCCGUAUGUGCGGCGACGGCGUUCCUCUUUUGCUACUAGAAUUUUUCCAAUUUAGACUUAGACCCAUUUGGUUUAUUGUAAUGGGCCUGAGGUAUUCGGGUUUUGUUUUGUAAUCGGGUAUUGGGCUUUGGCCCUCUUUCUAUAUAUAAAAUAUUGACGAAAAAAAAAAAUCACAAUAGAUCUCCCAACUCUGAUGCCAAAAAAAAAAAUCUUCCAACUCUACCCACCCAAGAGGAUCUAUUUAGUGUUUUCCUUGGUCAUCAACUUCAGAUUCUCCUUGCAAAACCAACUCCAAGGUCUCACUCUCUUUCCCUAAGUUUUAGUUAUUCUUUUGUUCUUGCAUGUAUUUUGUGUAAUUCAUAGUAUAUCCACACAUAUUACUACCCUAACUUUUAGUUAUUUCAUUUGUUCUUGGAUAUAUAUUUUGUGUAAUUUAUAGUGAAUCCACACAUAUUAUAAGGCAUUACCGGAAAGCGUCUACUUCUUUUCUUUUGACUAAAAGGCCUAUACUUCUUCUGUGGUUAGAAGAUCAUUUGCUCUGUUUGUUUUCUAGUAAGUAGAUUCGUUUGAUGCUCAUCCACUUUCUUUUAAAGAACAUGAAGCUCAGUUUUCUUACUUGAUGCUCUUUUAGAUAUUUGAUAAUUGUUUGUUUUCUUAAUGAUUUUCUUUUUUAAAUUCUAGCCAUAUGUUUAUUUAAAAAGCUUUCCAACAAUCCAAAGUGUUUUGUCUUUGUUUCUGGUAGAAAGAAUGGAUGAAAAUGAGCAUGGACAGUCAGGACUCAGGAGCCAUGAGCUACGGCACAAACCCAUACCAAACCAAUCCCAUGACAACCACUGUAGCCGGGAGUGUGGGCUCUGCAGCACCACCAGGCCAGCUGGCGUUUCACCAGACCCAUCAGCAGCAGCAGCAACAGCUGGCUCAGCAGCUUCAAGUCUUUUGGGAGAACCAAUUCAAAGAGAUUGAGAAAACAACAGAUUUCAAGAACCACAGCCUUCCCCUUGCGAGGAUCAAGAAAAUUAUUAAAGCUGAUGAGGAUGUACGUAUGAUCUCGGCCGAGGCUCCUGUAGUGUUUUCAAGGGCCUGCGAGAUGUUCAUUUUGGAGCUGACACUCAGGUCGUGGAACCACACGGAAGAGAACAAGAGAAAGACGCUGCAGAAGAAUGAUAUAGCAGCUGCUGUGACUAGAACCGAUAUCUUUGAUUUCCUUGUGGACAUUGUUCCUAGGGAGGAUCUCAGGGAUGAGGUUUUGGGAAGUAUUCCAAGAGGGACAGUCCCUGAGGCUGCUACUGCUGGUUACCCGUAUGGAUACUUGCCUCCAGGAACUGGUAUGGUUAUGGGUAACCCUGGUGGUGCUUACCCAACUAACCCGUAUAUUGGUCAACGAAUGUGGCAACAGCAGGGACCUGGCCAACCUGACCAGUAAAACUAGCCUAGGUAAAGAAACUAAUUUUAGUCUUGUCCAAGAGGAAUUAAGAAAGGAGGAGAAUUCAAAGAAAAUUCAAAGAAUAUAUCAGUUUUUGAAAUGAGUGUUGUAGAAUAUUCUAAGUGUUUAUGUGUAUUCAAUCCUUUCUUUAAGGAUUUGUUUAGGGAGGAGACAGAAGAAUGUAUAAACUGUAAGGAAGAAGUGUGGUUGACAUGUUUUUUUAUUUGAAUGUUAUUGUCUA